AUGGUUGGAUUGACUUCUUCCAUUGAACACAAGGGACUUACAUUAGUUUUUGGACCACAAGACCCCAAUCUUGACGAUGAGCCCUUGAAGGCACUUCGGACAACCUUGUUUGGGACCCCAGAUCUCCAGUGGAUCGUGGAAAUCUUAAAGCAAUUACCACAACAAUGGCAAAAGAUUUCGAAACUGCAUCCGGAUUUGAGGGCAUUCCAAGGUCAAAGGUAUUUGCAGCUCUUGAAUGAAUGGAUCAGACAAGGCGCAUUACCUACGAAUGCGUUUCCAUUGCCCAAUAUACUCAUUACGCCGUUGGCUGUGACAGCACACCUUGUUCAGUAUAUACAGUUUGUAGAGAAACUCAACGCGGCGGUCAAACCAAAUGAGAGUCUGCAGGAUAUUUUCGAACUUGAUACGGAGACAGUGGGUGUCUGCACUGGACUCUUGAGCGCCGCUGCGGUAGCAAGCUCUGCGAGUCUGGCAGACCUUCGAAAGCAUGGCGCGGUCGCUAUCCGGAUGGCCAUGGCUAUUGGGGCGCUUGUCGAUGCUGGUAAUACAAACCUCGAUGGUGGAGACAAGUGGCAGUCCCUGGCAAUCAGUUGGAAAACCCACAGUGCUGAGACUGAAUUUCACAGGAUCCUGGAGGAAUUCCCAAACGCAUAUGUGUCUGCCAUCUCCGCGGCUCGUCUUGUCACCUUAACCAUGUUGAAAGCGGAUAUACCUGAGAUGUUGGAAAAGUUAAAAGAUGCUGAUCUUUCCUUCACAAAAGCCGCUUUGCGUGGGCCAUUUCACUGCCGGGAGCGCGAAGAGCAGGUAGCCUCUCUCUUGCAUAUCUUUGACUCGGAUUCUUCCUUUCGAUUUCCGCACACCUCACAACUUGUCUUCCGAACGCGCUCAACCGAUGGUAGGCCCCUUAACGCCAAGGACAAUCUUAACCAUACGACAGCCCGCGCAAUCUUGACCGAGCAAGCCAAUUGGUACAGACUUUUUAAUGAGCUGCAUGAAACAACCUCUGCCUCUCGGCCUUCCCUCGUUGUCUGCUUUGGAAGUUGGGACUUUGUGCCUCAAUGGCUUAUCCGCAAACUCGGGGCCAAAGUGGCAUAUGCCAACGAUGUCAACUUUGAGACGGGUCAUCGCCUCUCCACGCUGGAUACUUUGAGGGAUGAUGACACCUAUGCGCUGAUACACGAGAUUGCGGAAGAUCUCAAGGGUAGUGCCAAGUCUUCUCUUAGCCUUCCCCAUGUUGAAAGCCCAGUGGACAUCGAUAAUGUACCGCUUUCCGGACAAAUUCUUGCCGGUUCCAUAGUCGAGGCCUUCACGCAGGCAAAAUUACUAACCGAUAAAUUCAUUGAAUCAACCGGUCUGUCCGGAUAUUACGAUAAUGUUCAACCAAGGUUGACUGAGCUAGUGGUCGCCUACACACUUGAUGCUUUUGAACAUUUGGGGUGCUCACUUCGCGUUGCACAGUCCGGACAGACACUCCAACGCAUCCCACAUCUCCCCAAGCAUAACAAGAUUGUGGAUGCUUUGUAUAACUUGUUGCAAAAUGCUCAAUUUUUGGAUCUGAAUGGCUCUAGUAUAACUCGGACAGCCAUACCGCUGUCACCUAUAUCUGCUUCACAGCUGCAACAGGAGUUUCUAUCCGAGUAUCCUGAGCACGCCAUUGAGUGUAAACUCACCAGCCUUACCGGGGCAAGGCUAGCUGACUGUCUGUCCGGCAAGGUAGAAGCUAUCGAUCUCCUUUUUGGCACUGAAGAGGGCCGAGAGCUCGCCACCGACUUGUACGGGAAAGCCCCGGUUAGUGUGGCCUGGUUACGCCAGCUGCAAUAUUUUUGGGAGCAGCUAUUAGCCCAUCUACCACAGUGGCAGCAGAGUCCAAUUAAAAUAUUAGAAAUAGGUGCCGGUACAGGAGGUACAACGGCAGCAAUGAUACCUCUCCUCGCCCGCUCUCAUGUUCCCGUCCACUAUACCGCUAGCGACAUUUCCCCUUCAUUAGUUGCAGGGCUCAGAAAGCGAUUCAAGGACUACCCUUGGAUGAGUUUCGAGGUUGUUGACAUCGAAAAGUCUCCACCCCAUCAUCUUCUGGAAAGCCAGCAUGUUGUACUGGCGAGUAAUGUUAUACAUGCCACCCAGAGUCUGGCCGUUACUACCAAGAAUAUCCACAGCGUUCUCCAUCCAGAUGGCGCCCUUGUUCUACUAGAGAUGACCGAGGCGCUUCCGUGGGUUAAUUCAGUGUUUGGACUGGUUGAAGGGUGGUGGCUCUUCAAUGAUGGUCGACACCAUGCCCUCGCCGAACCCGAUUUGUGGGAGAAGAUUUUGCAUAGCAACGGUUACGGCCACAUCGACUGGACCGACGGUCAACUCCCCGAAAAUCCGAUUCAACGCAUAAUUCUCGCACUCGCUUCUGGACAGCAUGAGCCGAGUAUCUAG